AUGGGCAACAAUCUCUCCUCCCAGUUCGAGCCCGAUCUCUCGGGCGUCGUGUUGGCGCCGUACGACCGCGACGCGUCCAUCAUCCUCGGCGCGACAUGGGGCAUCGUCUUCUACAUCAUCGCCAUGAUUUGGUCGACGUGCGCGCUUAUCGAUCGCUGGAAGGGACCCAACGAUAAGAUCCGGACGGGAAAGAGUUCCGUCGUCGCAGCCCUGGUGCUGUCGACAAUGUGGCCCGUCGUGGUGGCAUACAUGAUGCUGGCGACGUAG